AUGCAUAAUUAUUAUAGAGCACUACAUAAUUCGCCGCCUUUGAAAUGCGACCCGGAACUGCCAACAUCAGCCCACAGGUGGAUAGAUCAACAGGCAGCAGACGGCAAAAUGUACAACUCAGAAUGGACAGACAAGUUCACGGAGAGCAUUUCUUGGAAAGGCUGGGGAUGGGAAGGAAUGUGGAAGAUGGAGGGAGCCAUACCAGGGGCGGUAAGAGGUUGGUAUUCUGAAAUCAAGAACAGCAACUAUAACUACAAAACUGGCAAAGCUUCCAGCACUGUUGGGCAUUUUCAAGCGGUAGUGUGGAAAGGAGAGACAAAGCUAGGAUGCGGGCUCGCCAUCAAACCGAAUGAUGGCGCUUACGUCACUGCACAUUACGCUCCACCCUCUCAUACGAGCAUGGACAGGGAGAAACUAACACCUCAGAAUGUAAAACCAAGAAAACGACAAGCUACUGCCUGUAAAAUUCCUUCAAGGGAACGUGUUGAUUGUUUUGGUGAUUCGGCAACUGAGGCGCAAAUGGCACCUUCUGUAACACCUGCGAUCUGCUUUGACAAAGGAUGUUGCUAUGACGACAUGUACAUGAGUGAACCGGAUACCUGGUUUUAUAUGCCGCCAGGAAGAACAUGGUGCUUUAAGAAGAAGGAGGCAGGGAGCUCCUAA